AAAGAAAGUUUGGGAAGUUUCACACGAGCCGUUCGCGUGCAGUCCCAGAUAUAUAUAGAGGCCGCCAGGGCCUGGGGAUCACACAGGAUCCGGAGCUGGUGCUGAUAACAGCGGAAUCCCCCGUCUACCUCUCUCCUUGGUCCUGGAAUAGCGCUACUGAUCACUAAGUAGCCAUAAAAUAUUAUAAUAAACCCUCAGCACUUGCUUAGUAGUUUUGUUAAGUCUCAAGUAAAAGGGACAUAAACAAAAAAUUCUUUUUUGUAAAGGACUCCAAAAAUAAAAUUCUCUAGGGAUUUAAAAAAAAAAAAAACAAAGAAAAUGCCAGCUGAUAUAAUGGAGAAAAAUUCCUCGUCCCCGGUGGCUGCUACCCCAGCCAGUGUCAACACGACACCGGAUAAACCAAAGACAGCAUCUGAGCACAGAAAGUCAUCAAAGCCUAUCAUGGAGAAAAGACGAAGAGCAAGAAUAAAUGAAAGUCUGAGCCAGCUGAAAACACUGAUUUUGGAUGCUCUUAAGAAAGAUAGCUCGCGGCAUUCCAAGCUGGAGAAGGCGGACAUUCUGGAGAUGACAGUGAAGCACCUCCGGAACCUGCAGCGGGCGCAGAUGACGGCCGCACUGAGCACAGACCCGAGCGUGCUGGGGAAGUACCGCGCCGGCUUCAGCGAGUGCAUGAACGAGGUGACCCGCUUCCUGUCCACGUGCGAGGGCGUUAACACCGAGGUGCGCACCCGGCUGCUCGGCCACCUGGCCAACUGCAUGACCCAGAUCAACGCCAUGACCUACCCCGGGCAGCCGCACCCCGCCUUGCAGGCGCCGCCGCCGCCCCCGCCAGGACCUGGCGGCCCCCAGCACGCGCCGUUCGCGCCGCCGCCGCCGCUCGUGCCCAUCCCCGGGGGCGCGGCGCCCCCUCCCGGCGGCGCACCCUGCAAGCUGGGCAGCCAGGCUGGAGAGGCGGCUAAGGUGUUCGGCGGCUUCCAGGUGGUACCGGCUCCUGACGGCCAGUUUGCCUUCCUCAUCCCCAACGGGGCCUUCGCGCACAGCGGCCCUGUCAUCCCAGUGUACACAAGCAACAGUGGGACCUCCGUGGGCCCCAACGCAGUGUCGCCUUCCAGCGGCCCCUCGCUCACUGCGGACUCCAUGUGGAGGCCGUGGCGGAACUGAGAGGUUCAGGCCACCCCUCCCCUUAAAUUCCCCAGCCCAUCUCUCUUCCCUCCGGACACUAAACAGGAACCUGGAUACUGGGAGGGAAGAGGACUUUUGUGAUUAAGUGGUUACUUUGGGGGGUUUUGUUUUAUUUCUAAAAAGUUACUUUUUGGUAGAGAGCUGUAUUAAGUGACUGACCAUGCACUAUAUUUGUAUAUAUUUUAUAUGUUCAUAUUGGAUGGCGCCUUUGUAUUAUAAAAGUUCAGAUGACAUUUCGUUUUUUACACGAGAUUUCUUUUUUAUGUGAUGCCAAAGAUGUUUGAAAAUGCUCUUAAAAUAUCUUCCUUUUGGGAAGUUUAUUUGAGAAAAUAUAAUAAAAGGAAAAAAGUGAAGGCUU